CAUGAAAACAGCUACAUAUGAUCUAGGGAUAUUAUCUAUCAUAUGUAUCUUCUCUUCUCUCUUAUUAGUGAUGGAGACGUCCGCCUUGAAUCUGGCACAUGAAAAACAGAGGAGAGCAGAAGCGUUAUUACGAGAGGGAAAGUUCGAGGAAGCAGCCAAGUGCCACGAGACCGUAGCUGAUCUUUUAGCAGAGGCCCAUGCGCAACUUGAAUCCAGUCUCAUCCAUGUACAUGCGUCCACCUUGUCUUCCCAAGAUACAUCAAAAUUUCCGACACCAACUCAUUCGCUCGUCACGUUGGAGUCCCUCAGUUUGCAAAGAGAUUAUCAUAAGAGACAGGCGGCUGUUGUCAGAAUGAAGCAGGCACAAUACGAGGAGUACAAGACAACCUUAGAAAAUCACCAGAAGGAUCUUCUCAAUAAGCACGCAGCCAGAUACAGCGAAAGAGAUAAUUGUGCGGACAUAAGAAUUGACAAGUUCGAUGGCUCUUUGCGUCAAGCUAUAUAUAAAACUAUCGACGAACAAGACAGCCUUCUGAGUUUGAUAGAUAUCAAGCUGCCUACUGCCGAAGAAAAAAGUUUCAAGCAUCCGAAGGAUACAGGCACCGUUAUAGAAGAGCUCAAAACCGUCAACAGCCAAUUGCGAUCACUUGUAGGGAGCUUGCUCAGCCAACUAGAAGCAAAGGAGGAAGAAGUACGCCAACUGACAGAGCGUCUUUAUGCAGUCUCUGUCAAUUCUAAUAACGAUAUCAGAGCAGAAGAACAUCCUUUGUGUCCUCUUGACCCUUUACCUCAGUUGACACCUCUUGAAAUGCCGCUCUUUGAUUUUACAUCAUCAUAAAAUACAAGUUUUUUUUUUUACAUCUAAAUUAUUCUAAAUCUACGUUUCAGAACAAUGUACAAAGUGAAAUUAAUAUUAACCAAUCAUGAUUAGUGCUGAAAGUAUCACAUCAGAUUGUAUAUAAUUGUACAUUUUAUAUAACAAAAUAUAACUCGUAUUUUUGUUGAAGUUUUGAUGUGAAGGGUGUAUGUGCUAAAAUUAUAUAUAUAUAUUUUUUGUCAUGCUCCUAAUCUGUUUAAUCCAUGCUGAAGGUCUGUUUAAAAGUUCGGCUGUGUAUCGAAUCGACUGUACGAAAAAUUAAUACUUAUAAAAAAAUCAGCAUGUAACAAUAAAGGGGACGAUGGAUUUUUCAGUAAACGGUAAAUAUAUUAAAUAGAAGAAUCCCGAGCAGUUCGAAGUAUUUCGGGCAAUUGUUCUGUCACUGAGAUUGUAAUCCUGAGAUAAUCUGUGAUUUGUUAUUGUACAAAUAAAGCUUGCGUUCAGUGUUGCAAUUA